GCCGCGCGCGCACCACACACACACACACACACACACACACACACACACACAUACACACACCGGCCCAGCUCCCGAGGGCACCAGCGCGGCCCCGGGAAGCGCGAGGAGCCGGCGAGCGCGCGGCCUGCCGUGGGCCGCCCGGUCCGCUCCGCUCGGCGCCCACCGCCCUGGAGGUGGGGUCCUGGCCUCCGGGAAGAUGGUGUCCUGGAUGAUCUCCCGAGCCGUGGUGUUGGUGUUUGGAAUGCUGUAUCCUGCAUAUUAUUCAUACAAAGCUGUGAAAUCAAAAAAUGUGAAGGAAUAUGUUCGAUGGAUGAUGUACUGGAUUGUUUUUGCUCUCUACACUGUGAUUGAAACAGUAGCAGAUCAGACAGUUGCUUGGUUCCCCCUGUACUAUGAACUUAAGAUUGCUUUUGUCAUAUGGCUGCUCUCUCCCUAUACCAAAGGAGCAAGUUUAAUAUAUAGAAAAUUCCUUCAUCCACUUCUUUCUUCAAAGGAAAGGGAGAUUGAUGAUUAUAUUGUACAAGCAAAAGAACGAGGCUACGAGACGAUGGUAAACUUUGGACGGCAAGGUUUAAACUUGGCAGCUACUGCUGCGGUCACUGCAGCAGUGAAGAGCCAAGGAGCGAUCACUGAGCGACUGCGGAGCUUCAGCAUGCACGACCUGACAGCCAUCCCCGGGGAGGAGCACGUGAGGCAGAGACCAUUCCAGCCUCCACCAGAGACAAAAAAGAAAAGUAAAGCCGCCUCCAGUGAGUCGGCAGGUUAUGGAAUUCCACUGAAAGACGGAGAUGAGAAAACAGAUGAAGAAGCGGAUGGGCCGUUUUCAGAUGAUGAGAUGUUAACACACAAAGGGCUUCGAAGAUCGCAAAGCAUGAAAUCUGUGAAAACCAUGAAAGUCCGCAAAGAGGUGCGGUAUGGGUCACUAAAAUAUAAAGUGAAGAAGAGACCGCAGGUGUAUUUUUAAUCAUGUGCGCUUCAAGUAUCCCAAGACAAAUUAUGCUAAUGCAUCAACUUUUUUUCCUAACAUUAUGUUCAGUAUUUACAUAUUGAAGUAAUCCUUUAGAUUGUGGCGGUGGUAGGGUUUACUUUUGUUAAUUUAAAUAAUUUUUAUUUCUUUAACAAUUACUUUUAAAUCUUGACUACUAAAGGUAGUUAUGCAAUAUAUAUAUAUAUAUAUAUCAGGAAGAAUAGAAAAUUGUGUUAAUCUGUUUUCAAAUUCAUCAACAACAUCAAGUGCCUGGGAUUUAAGAGAAAACACAAACCCAGUAUACUUGAAAAAAGUCAUCUUAUGGUUCAAGAUCCAUCGGCCUUUGUGGUAUUGUAUUGUUUACCUCCAUUUAUGUUAUAGCUAUCACAUGAGGAUAGUCAUUAAAUAGGCCUCUGAUCCAGCAGUGAUAGCACAAGGGCAUAAUGUGAGAUAAAGUAUGUUUUAUAUAUUCUUUAAAAUUUUUACUUUUUUUAAACACUUUAUAGUUUUUCCACCAUCAACUGAAAGUUUUCAAAACAAAUAUUUGAAAACCAGGUAUCCACAUAGCACUUUUAUUCCUGACUAGUUUUGCACACUUGAAAAUUGUUUACUUUUUUUAUGACUGUACAUUUUAAGUUUUACUGACACUAUCUUUAUUAUUUGUUGGAUUCUGAUAUGUCAAAUUUAUGCCUUAAAUGAUGUCAUCUUUUUCCUGUGGGUUUCAUUUGUUAAAUUUGCUUGAUUUUAUUAGUAGAAAAAUAUAACUAAUUGUUCUUAAUCUCAUUUACAUAUAAGAAAUUAUCUUAAUUAUUAGUUUUCUGUAUUUAGCUGUACAUUGUAGUUGAACUCAGCAUGUUUUUUAUUAAUACUGGUUACAUUCUCAGAUUUUAAAAGUAGUAGCUUUUAUGAAAUAGUGUCAGAGACCAGUAUAGCACUUAGGUUUCUUCUAACUAAUGAAAAUAUCUAGCCAAUCCAUUCACAAGCUUGGCACUUAUAUGUGCUUCUGAUGAAUAAAUCUGGCAUUAACUAAAA